AGAGCUGAACUCAGAGCCCGGCAGGGGAUCCCUCCCUCCAGCCAACCCCCUCACCCCCCUGCUCUGGCUUCUUUCCCUACAGACCCCAGUCUCCCUAUACACCCCACCACCGUCCUGCCUCCCACCUCGCCAGCACCUGCCAGCAGCACCGAACUGCAGGGGGGCACAGCGCCGCCCCUUGCCCCAGUAUGGGCCACGCUGGAUGGAGGGGGAGCUGUGAUGUCCAAUGCUGUCCGGCUGUGCCUAGCGGGCCUGGUUCUCUGCCUCCUGGUGCUGAUCGUGGGCGAGGUUCCCGUCAGUGUCCUGGCUGGCUUCAGGUUGCUCUAGAGGCUGGGAAUCUCAUCCUGGCAGUGGCUGUGCUAUUGCUGGCAGUGUGUGUUUCCCUCUUGGUAUCUGAGAAGGGAAAGACCCCGGCAGCCCCUGAUUGCGACGGAGCCGGGAGCAGAGAUACAGCGACACCCCCUGGGAGCGACGGAGCUGGGAGCGGAGACCCCAGCACGGCAGAAUGCAGCGCCCGCCUGGAGCGUUUCCGAUCCCAGCUGUGUCACGCGGCCCCGACUGGCCCAGCAGGGGGCUCCGGGUGCAAACUCUGCCCCACGGACUGGCAGCUGCGUGGGGACAAGUGCUACUGGGUCUCCGGAGGAGGUAAAACGUGGAGCGAGAGCCGCGCCGACUGCUCAGCGAGGGGCUCCCAGCUGCUGGUGAUCCAGGACCCCAAGGAGCUGGAGUUCCUAAAGGACCUGACACAAGGUUCACAUCUGUUCUGGAUCGGACUGUCCGUCUCCUCCCCGGAGAAGGGCUGGACCUGGCUGGACGGCUCCCGGCUGAAUCAGACCCUGUUCCCGGUGUCAGGCCCGGCUGAGGGGCACAGCUGUGGGGUGGUGAAGGGGAAUCGGAUUGGUUCUGACACCUGCAGCUCUGGAUUUCAGUCGAUUUGCCAGAGAGACGCCGUCCCGCUCUGAACGGAGUAUGGAGGAGACCUCAGAGCGCGGCACUGUUAGCCCCAUAUCACACGUGGGGAAACUGAGACACAGACACUGACCUGCCCGAGAUUACGGCGAGUUUGUGGCAAAGUAGAAAUGGAACCCAGGAGUCCUGACUCCCAGCCCCCCUCCCUCUAACCCCCAGCCUCUCCCCCUCUCCCAGGGCUGGGACUAAAACCCAGGAGUCCUGACUCCCAGUCCUACCUCAGGCAAAAGAGUUUAAAGGGGUUAAUUCCAUUGAGAAGAACAAUUCCAAGCUCUGGCGUUACAUGUUCCAGCAGGAGUUGCAAGUGCUGCAGGGGCAGAGCUUGGGCCGUAGGGAUAACGCUCUGCACAGCCCUGGGGAAGUUCAGCCCCAGAAGUGGGAGGGAGGAAUCUGCCAGAUUCCCAGCUGGUGUAAAUCAGCAUCCAUCCAGGGACUCCAAUGGAGCAGCACUGUCUGACCCGAACUGGGGAUCUGGCCCCAUUGACUCCAUGGUGCUAUGGUGGAUUCACACUAGGUGGGGAUCUGGGUUUUCACCUGUAUUUCACUCCUGAUUAAUUUCUUUGCAUCUCUCUGCCCGGUCCCUCUCCGAGCUCUCUUCCCCGGCCCAUCCAUUGCUCCCGUCCGCACCUCUGCCCAUCCUGCCCUAAUGGAUCGUUAACUCCUGUCACUAAUGGUGGGGUCUCAGCUUCCCCAGUCAGGCAUCAGAGCUUUACCAUGCUGACGUACUGUCCACUUGCUAUCUCCUCAGAGCAUCGUUAAGGGGAUCAGUUCCUCAAUCCCAAAUGGAACCUUUCCAUGCGUGUUGCUUGGUGAUCUCUGGUGUCACUGUCUCUGUCAGAGGAGCCGGGGGGGGAUGCUCAGUGGCAGUGAUAGGGGCACUACGGGGACGGCUGGGCGCUAACCAACAUCCUGUUACUCAGUGGCCCAGCAGCUCAGGAGAAGAUGGACUGGGAAAGCUGGAGCGCAGGCUGGCUGAGCAAGCCAGACCCCAGUGUCUUUAGGAGCCACCCCCCGAGACAACUGGGCUUGUGACUGCCAGAGCACAGAACUGGUCUGAUCUGCGGGACAGACAGGGCUGGCGAGCGCAGACACAUAUUGGGGCUGGACAAAUACACCAUGCUGAUGGCGAUGUCAGGGGAGGGAGGCAGUGUGGCCUAAUGGAUACCACACUGGACUGGGACAUGGAAAACUGGGUUGUGUUCCUGGCUUUGCUACAGAAGGGCCACCCUGGUGUCUGCUGCACCCUUUAGCCCCCAGCCUCGGCUGACGGGCUGGAUGCCCCGUGCCUGCUGGGUGACCCCGCAUAAGACACUUCACCUCUUUGGGUUUGUCUACACCAGGGUUCUCAAACGUUAUUGCACCACGACCCCCUUCUGACAACAAAAAUUACUACAUGGCUCCAGGAGGGGAACCAAAGUCUGAGCCCGCCCAAGUCCCGCUGCCCCGGGCCGGGGGGUGAAAGCAAACCUCAGGGGCUCCAGCCCUGGGGAUGGGGGACUGCAACCUGAGCCCUGCCACCCAGGGCUGAAAUCCUGGGGCUUUGGCCCCAGACAGUGGGGCUCAGGCUUCAGCUUCAGCCCCGGGCCCCAACAAGUGUAACACCAGCCCUGGAUUUGAGGCCAGGGGAGAGGAGCCCCUCCCUCGGCCCAGCCCAGCCCAGCCCGAGCUGCCGUGGGUGGGGAGAGGCGCCUCUCCCCCGGCCCCGAGCUGCUGCGCUGAGAGAGGGCUGGGGGGGUCCU